AUGGCAAAUACUACUAAUUCCUCAUCUCAGGAUAAUUCUUCCUUUUGGGAUGAGAUUCACCUAUCACCGUUAAGGGAUAGUGCACAGAGUACAGAUCAUACUUCUGUGGGAGAUUUUGAGAAUGCUCCACCAGAAUUGAACGAGAUAGUUGGUACUGCAGUUACAGAUGUUGUGGUUGCAGACCAAAGCAAUACUGUAGUGGUAGAGGAAGAUAAUACCAUUACAGCGGUAGAUGUAGCAAAUAUAAAUGCCAAUGUAUUUAUUGGGAGAAAGAGGACUAGGAGAACCUUUUGUGAUACUACCACACUAACUUUUGAAAAGUUUUCUAAAUAUUUCUAUUUGACCGCUGAUCAAGCUGCAGAAGAAUUGCAGAUCGGGCGAGCAACUUUCAAGAAAAAAUGUAGGGAAGUAGGGAUUGCCUACUGGCCUUAUCGGAAACUUGUGAGUUUGGACAGGCUAUUAGCAAAUGUCCAGGAUGGAGAAAUGAUGUUGCCGGGAAAUCCAGCUUCGCCUCCGCCGUAUCUCCACAUUGCAACGCCAACAACCGCCGCCAACCGUCCUCGAACACCUCAAUGCCAUGGUGUUGUCCUCUCAACGGAGAACCAAAGCCGCUUGUUCUAG